GAUGACCAGAGACUGCGGACAGUACAGGGGAUGACUAGAGACUGCGGACAGUACAGGGGAUGACCAGAGACUGCGCACAGUACAGGGGAUGACCAAAGACUGCAGACAGUACAGGGGAUGACCAGAGACUGCGGACAGUACAGGGGAUGACUAGAGACUGCGGACAUAGUACAGGAUAUGACCCGAGACUGCAGACAGUACAGGGGAUGACCAAGAGACUGCAAGCAGUGCAGGGGAUGACCAAGAAACUGCAGACAGUACAGGGGAUGAUCAGAGACUGCAGACAGUACAGGGGAUGACCAUGAGACUGCAAAC